AUGUAUGAUAAAUGUUAACAUUUAAAUGGCCUGAUAUGGAUAGAAACUGGCGUACACCAUUAUUUUCUUUUCCAAACUAGAAUGUUUGGACCCUUGCGCUGAAGCUCACCGUAGGAAAACAAACAUGCAAAGCAUAAUGUAUGAACAUCGUGCAUCAAGAGAAGUUUAUGAUGCAAUGUGUGAAUUCUUUGGGACCUCAAAGGAUGUUGCAUUAAGAAGGGAUGUCAUGGACAUCAAUGAGAUCCUAACCGGACAUGCAUAUGUCUUCCACAAAAACAAGAAAUACCGGUAUUUUCAAAAUUUUAGUGGGAGCACACGGGAAGGUUUCAAUUUGAAAGGGUCUGACAUUGAUAUAAUGAUUUGGAUGGAUUGUAUCAAAGUUAUCUGGAGAUUUUCUCAAUCAGAACAUUACAAGUGUGAUAAUUAUAUACUUUGUUUCGAUUCAUCUAAAAGUCCACCAGGAUAUGGUUUAUUGGAGAUGCUCCCAAAACAUGAUGACUAUGAGGAAUAUUUAGAUGAACGUACUGCUACUAUAGAAGGUAAAAUGUACCUUCCAAGCAGUUAUUGGAAAUCGAUUAUGGGAUCCCGUGUUCCAAAGUGUUGGCUUCAUGGUCCCUGUUUAAUGUUCAGUGACACUUUUGACCUUGAUAUUGUAAUAUGUAUAAUCAGUGAAUUUUGGCCUCCAUCUGCCUUAACAUUUACAAAAAGAUGCCAAUCGUGGUUAAAGCCUGAACUUCUUCAAGAAAUAGUCAGAAAUGGAUGUCAUAUCGUACCAAUAGGUCACUCUAAAGGAAAUCAUGAACAAGCGGAAUGGAGAGUUUCAUUCUCUAAGGCAGAAAAUAGUUUAAUAUGCGCUAUGAACCAUUGUCAGUUUUUGUUGUAUGGGAUAAUGAAAAUGUUCCUGAAGGAAGCCAUUAACAAAAGCCAGAAUGAAGAUGUAAAGUUAUUGUGCUCAUAUCAUAUGAAAACAGCACUUUUUUGGACUUGUCAAAAUAACUCUUUACCUGAGUGCUGUCCAGAAAAUCUUUUGAAAUGCUUCUGGGUCUGUUUAAAACUUGUUGUAAAAUGGGUGCAUGAAGGCGUUUGUCCAAAUUUUUUCAUCCCUGAAAAUUACAUGUUUUUGGGCAAAAUUUACGGUUGUGCUCAACGAAAACUUUUCUCAAAAUUGUACACAAUGUAUGAAACUGGAUUUUCUUGCCUCUUAGAGUGUCCUUCGAUUCAGGUCUAUAUAUCAGAAAGUCUUACCAAUGAAAUACCAAAACCGAUUGCUAACAAUAACAAACCUCUUCUUGCAGAACUCUUCAUGCACCUGGAAGGUUGUUGUUGCUUGAGAAUGUUCAAUUUACAAAACGUUUUAUGUACAUUGAAGAAUGUUAAAAAGUUAUUAAGUAUUAAUUUGAUCCAGAUUCAAGCUCUUAUGGUACAAAAAACAGCCAUUUUCAUGCUUCAACAUAUGGCUUUCCAUAUUAUGUCCCUUAAACAAAGCAAGAAUAAGUAUCUCUAUACAGCAGAGAAGUUAUCCUUUCGCGCAAUAAAGCUAUCCGUCGAAUAUGGAGGUGUGUCUGAUCUAUUGUUUGGCGCAUUGUAUUACUACAAGAAAAAUGACCAUCAGAAAGCUUUAGCUAUCAUCAAGAAAACAAAGAGAUUGUUGGUAGAACCAUCCAUGAUACAUUUUGCACACAUACCUGAUAGGAGUGAUAGGGUAACAGGAAAUUCGUUAUCUUUAGUGGAGAGGAAAACUUUCGCCCAUUCUGUUGUGAUCCUCUGUAGAGUUUUUUAUAUUGAUGAGUUAGUGACAGAGCAAAAACAUAGUUUGAAAUAUCCAUGGCCCAUAAUACGAAUACCCCCUUUUGUUUUUGCAUGCAUGCUAGAGUUUCUCUGUUACCGGCAUGUUGAUACACAAAAAGCUCAAUCUACUUUGGAGAAACUAUCUGCCCUCCUGACGGAUGAACACUCCGGUUAUUUAACCCUUCCAUUAAGAGAGAUAUCAUGGCAAAUUUUAGGAAUAUGCCUUGAAUUAUCGGGCAGAUUUCAUGAUGCUUUUAAUGCAUAUGAGAAAUCACUUGAGGAACACCAGGAAAACAAAAUUAAGUCUGCUACAGAAGAGAGGAUGCAUAAUUUAAUUGGAGAAAUGCAAAAAACUCGAAAUCAGUGAUAAAAAAAAUAAUUAAAAAAGCUGUAUUUAUAAUGAUUGUUUUUUUUAAAUUUAUUAUUUAGGAAUAUUGUGUAUGUAGUUAUUAUGAACAAUGUAUAUAUAAUUGAUAUUUUUGUACCAGACGUUUUGUGUUUUACCAGCAAUUAAAGUUACUAUACUCCCAUUAAAUUAAAGUUAAAUAAUGAUUUUUAAAUAACAAGUUUUUAAGUCACAUAGUUUGUUGCA